AUGGCAGCGAUCCACCGCAAUUGUCUCUUCUGCCAGCAGAAGCCUUGGACCGACGGGGAGCUCGAGUUGCUCAACUGGUACAGUGUGAACCUCAACGGCCGCUUGGACACCCGCGUCUGCUUUUUUCACAACCAGAAACAGAUCCAAUGCCUGCGGAGGGUGCGCGGUCGGGUGCACCAGGAAUCUCGGCGGCGGAAAGUGCCUGUCGAGGAAUUGAAACAGAGGAUCUUCAUGGAUCAUUAUCGAGAGAUGAAAGAGGACGAGAAGAUCUCGAAGUCUUGUAUUUUGAUAUGGUCAAGCUAUCAGCUCAUUGAGCUCUCACAACCCGAUCAGGUAUCUGGAGCCAUCGAAAAAUGCUUCAUCGACAUCUUCAAAGCAGCUAUGAGCAGUACUUUCGUCACUUCUGCCUCGCGAUCGGGCUCUCAGCCACAAAUUUUUGCCAGAGAUCGGAGGCUUCACAAUCGCCCAGCUGUCUCUUCAUGCGGUCCUCGGAACCUGAAAGUCGGGGCUCCGGUCUACCGAAUGUUUUUGAAAAAAUAUUGUGAGGGUGGUGAGCCGGCGAACAUGACCCCGAAGUAUGUUGAGACCAUCAUUAAUAAGAGUAGUUGGCUUGCGGUUGAAGCUCCAGAAGAUGAGUCCAGGCUGGUAGUCGCGCCCCAGUCCGAGGGCGUGGCCAAAUCCCGUAUCAGGAAAGAAUGGAAUGCUAUACAACAGAUCACCGUUCCGGAGCUCCUUCGAACUCUCCGAACGACGCUGCAAGCUGAGAUCGUGGAAUUUUCAUUUGACUAUUUCAUGAUGCACCGCCAAUGUUGGCGGUUAUUGAGGUUGGUCAAGGACGCGAUCGACCCUCGCAUGCAGAAGCUCUUUGGUCCCGGGUAUCUUCAAACAGACGCCCAACUGCCAUUUCUUGUCGGCUACAUUUUCAUGACGAUGAAUAAGGAUGAGACGCUGGCGAGGGUGGGUUGGACAUCGACUUCCACUGCCACGGUGUCGUCCCGCUUCUCGAGAGCUGUUGGAAGUAGCGGCGGAGAGUCGAGCGGAAGGGCGAUGAGCGCUGCCGCAGCGCCGGCCUCGAGAGUGAUCAACUGGUGGUCAGUGGUUGAUCGAGCUGAGAGCUGGUGGCGAGACUCGAUUUGCAUCGAGUCCCUACAGCAACAUCAAGCUGGUGAGCAGGACAAUGCUCUGAUGGCCACCGUCAAUGAUGAAGAGCUUGCUGACUACCCGAUAUCAAACGCCGCACCGAACCGUCAAGCCACCUUACCAGGCGAUCGACACCGUCGACUUGAAAGUAGUGCUGUCAGCUCACUUCUGACAUCCAAGAGGCUGUCAAGAUGCAUCGCUCUGGUCAACACUUGGCUACCACGAACAUCUGAAACCACCGAGCAGCAAGAGUACGAGGAAUCCAUUCUUCGCAAGCACUACCCAGAAAGUCGACGGAGGCACGACCUUAGCCAUCUCGCUGAGGAGGAAGAAAUGCCCGAGGAAGACGAGGACGAAGAAGUGCCCAGUAACAAAAGCCAUCCUUCUUCGCCUGAGCAGAGCUCGACGGGGACGACGGGGGCACGUGCCAAGGUCAAGGGCAAACUCAAGUCCUUCUGGAACAAGACCAUCGUCCCAGCCUUUCCCGAAGCUGUUGCGGAUAUCUCAAUCAUCAAGGCCGCGUUAAAGGUCGAGGCUACUAUCACCAAGGAGUUGAGGGAUACAACGAGGCAUCCCGAGGUCGCUCAAAAGGCAACGGUAAGGAGGGGGUUUGACCUAGCCCCAGAGGAAAUACAAUUCCGUGAGCAGAGAAAGGUCAAGGUGCGGGAUGCUUUUUGCCGCUAUCUCAACCUCGAUCCCUCCGAGGUUCAUGUUGAUGACGUGCCGGUUGUAGCUUUUGGCGGAUCAGGGGGAGGAUAUAGGGCCAUGAUCGGCUUUCUGGGAUACUGUGAAGAGAUGAAGCGCACGGGAAUGUGGGAUCUGUUGACUUAUGUUGCUGGUGUGAGUGGUAGUUGCUGGGGCCUCGCCGCCUACUACACCUGGGCUGGUGCGAGUAUGAAGGCAGUGAUUGACCAUUGCCAGAAGAGACUACAUCCACACCACCCCUUGUCUCCAGAAGCAGUUCGCGAGGUGCUGAACGCCCCUGGUGGCCCAACGAAGACGCUCGGUCCCUUGAUCCAGAAGCACCGCUCAGGCUUGUCAACUGUGGCCAUGGAUUUGUAUUCUGUCUUCACCACGGGCCAUCUCUUCCUGAAUCACGAUCCCGCCCUAGAGCCACCGGGCCUACGUGGGAGCUUUGGUGUCAAAAAGGAGGUGGCAGGCUUUCAUGAGAACUGGCUAAAGUGGUCAUCGGCAAAUAUGUACCUGCUAGACGGCAGCGAACCAUUGCCCAUACUUACCGCAAUCCGGCAUGAACGCCCCUGGAAGGACUGGGUAGACAAGGAACAUCCCUUUAAGAACGAAGAUCCAGAAACGAAGGAGCAUCAAGAGGCCCAGGAUGCUUGGUUCAAUUGGUUUGAAAUUUCGCCGAUCGAGGUUGGAUGUGACGAGCUGGAGGCUUGGUGUCCAACUUGGGCGUUUGGCAGGCCGUUCGAACAAGGCCACGAUACCAUGCAACUCCCCGAGCAAUCUCUGGCAUUGCUACUGGGUCUCUGUACCAGUGCGCCGGCGGGACCUUUGACUUCCUACCUUGCGACCAUCAAGCGCAGUCUCCCGGCGGGAUUCAUUGGCAACUCCAUUAAUGACAUGGCUAGAGGCAUCGCGCGGCUGUGGGGACCAAAGGGAAAGGAAGAGUUUCAAGCCCAUCAUCCGCUUCAUGCCGUCAAUGAGCACAAUUUCAUGUUUCACUUGACCCGGGGUGAGAACAGGGACAAACCGUCACCACCAAUCGAGAAUUCCCCUCGGAUUCACCUGAUCGAUUCAGGGAUGGAUAACAACUGCCCGACGUAUGUCAUGUUGCACCCUUCUCGGCAAGUCGAUGUGAUUUUGAACAUGGAUGCGUCCAGCGACGUCUUGAAGGGCAGUUUCCAGGAGCGGGUGGACCAGAUUGCCAGCCGACGGUGCCUGAAAUUCACCAAACGGCACCCUGAAGUGGAAGCUGGCACAGACCCCAAAGAUCCGGAUCGCUUCAAGGGCUUGUACGCACAGAUCUACGACGGUAGCAUCCUCGAAGAGAGGCCGAAGCAGGUGAUUGACUCUUAUGGACACGAAGUAACCAAUCCCCCGGCACCGCCAUGCCUCCAUGAAUCAACCAUGAUCUAUCUCCCGUUGCUGCCGAACCAGGGAGCAGUGGCAGAUUUUGAUCCUUCGACCGCCAAAUUCUCCGGCUCGUAUAACCUCGUGUGGACUGGUGAGCAGGUAGAGAUGCUGGUCAAGGUAUGCUGCGCCAACUACGAGGCUGGCGAAGAUGCGAUAAAGACCGUCUUGAGGGAGCAGUGGCAGAAGAAGAGAGCAAAGAGAGGAGCCGCUGGCGAUUCCUCUGCUUCUCGUCCUCCGGCAGGCCCUAUUCCUCCUCCUCCUCCUCCUUCAACGCCUUCAGCUGAAGCACAUACCCAGUAA